AAGUCCCCUGCCCUGAGCCUGGGUUGAUUUCUUUCUCUGCAGGGCUGCUGAAGGUGCCCCAGCCUUCCAGCCCUGCCUCCUGCCAAGUUCUAGAGGACUCUCCUCCAAGCCUACCAAAGACCUGCACCUUCAAGCUGAACCUCAGAGGCAGUAUUAGCUGCUGGGAAUUUUCAGGGGGGUAUGGAUGGGAGGGAGCAUGGGGUAUGAAAUGCGGCCAAUUUUGGAAAAAAGCUAGGGAUUCAAUGGAGCUUUUAGCCCACCUGUAGCUUUCCUCACUUCUCUCAAAUCUUACUCUCAACUGAAAGCAGACAAACUAAUUCUUAUUACAUUGUUAAUGACUGAUUGUUGCUCUAUGUGGGAGGUGGUUUAGGAUGAGGGAGAGAGAGAGAGAGAGAAAGAGAGAGAGAGAGAGAGAGAGAGAGAGAGAAUCUUAAGCACGUUUCACGCCCAUCAAGGAGCCUGAUGUGGGGCUCGAUCUCACAAUCGUGAGAUCAUGACCUGAGCCAAAAUCAAGUUGGACACUUAACUGGCUGAGACACCCAGGUGCCUCCAAAUGGAUAUUUAUAAGCCCCAAUUUUCUCAUCUGUAAGAUGGGAAACACAAUAGUAUCCGUUUUAUGGAGUUGUUGAGAGGCUUAGCUGAGAUGAUCCAUAUAAAAUAGUUCGCAAGGUGUCUGGUGCAGAAUAUGUUCUCAACUAAUUGUGACUAUUAUCUUUCAUAUUGUGCAUUGCCUGUGUGAGAUCAGUUGCAUUUUACGUGGAAACACUGUCUUUCCCCAUGGGGAAGCUCGAUGGUGGGAUUUGUGGCAGUGUGACAUCAGUGGGAGGAAAGCCCCCAGUGUUCUCAUGGCACCCUGCCUCUGACUGGGCGGGUGGGCCAAGCCUGAGGUCUGCCCCAUCCAUCCUCGCAGGUCCGGGCCCUGCCAAAUACCUCCGGCCAUCCUGCACGGGUUAUGUAGACCAUGACAUCUCCAUGUUCCAGGAGCCAGCCUACAGUCUGCACACACGGCACUCGGAGAAGCGGGUCACAGACAUUUGCAGCCCUGGGCCUUGCUAUUUCUUCGAUCCCAAAAUAACUCGGUUUGGAAUGUCCAGCUGCACGCAGGUCCCUAUGGGAGAGCGCAUCUCUAACCUGUGCCUGAGCCCCAUCCCAGCCUCCUGCCAUUAUGACCUAGAGAAGACCCACCCACCCGGGGAACGCAGGGCUCCCCAGUAUGCUUUCGGCUACCGGUGGCCGUACCGGGUGACAGACCCCAACCCAGGCCCCAACAAGUACCAGCUGCCACUCUUGCUGGGGCCCAAUAACCCUGUCAGCCGAGCUGCUCCUUGCUAUAGCUUGGCCUCUGAGCACAAGAACUGGUUCUACAAGGAGAAUGUGGCUGGAGGCCCUGGGCCGGCCACACGCUCCCGGCCUGAGCCCUCUGUCUACCAGAACCGCAGCCCCAGCUAUAGCAUGGCCAAGCGAUUUGCCUACCCGAUGGACCACACACCUCGGCCUGGCCCUGGCUCCCACGAUGUCCAGAAGGUCACGGUGCACAAACCCCGAUCACCUGCUUUCACCAUGGGCGUCAAGCACUCACCCCACCUGUGCCCGCUGGUCAUCGACAUUCACGACUAAGGCCCCUCCUGGUGCACUCACCCACCCCUCCCCACAGAAGUUAUUUUUCUGUACCAAAUUGAGCAAUUUACUGAGAUUUUGAGUAACAGAGUUGGUGCCCGCUGUGUCUAGCUCACAGAAGGCAUUAAAUAAAUAUUUUCACUUA